CCCCUCCUCUCCCCCUACGUAAGAUGUCCGUCCCGGCGCCGUCUCGCGCCGCCGACUUCCGCCGCCGUGCGCCGCUGGAAAUUUCGUUUUGUCCUCGAGGAUCUGGUGGCGGUGGCGGUUGGAGGAAGAGGAGGAAGAAGAAGAGGAAGAGAGGAGGAGGAAGAAGAGGAAGAGAGGAGGAGGAAGAGGAGGAAGAGAGGAGGAGGAAGAGGAGGAGGAAGAAGAGGAAGAGAGGAGGAGGUUUAUUUUUUUUAUUUGUUUGUUAACCCCCCCCCACCUCCUGGCCGGGGAGGACCAGCCAAAGGCUUCCGACGAAACGAAUUCCCGCGCGCGUUAACAAAAGCCGCAAAGAGAACGAGUUGGCCGUCAUUGCCUGCACCGAUUCCGAGUCGCUUUACAAACAAAGAUAUAACUACCGAAAUGGCUUGCGCCGCUGUUUUGGAACCGAGCGGGGACUUCCCGGCGUGGCUGGAGACGCAGGGCGUGAACGCGGAGGUGGCCCGGGCCAUGGACUCGGAGCUGGGCAUCCGGGACUACGGGGUCCUGCGCGCCUGCGUCGGGGACGGCCUCGUGCGGGCCGAGCUGCUGGCCACGGCGCGCGACCGCCUGCCCUUCGGCUUCUACGCCGUGCUGCGGCAGGUGGUGAAGGCCCUACGGGGUGCCGAGCCCCACGAUGGUGCCGGGACGCCGCGCUGGGACGACGCGGCCGCCGCCUCCCCCGGCGACCUGACGCUGGGAGGCCUGGUGGAAGUGCUGCUCACGCUGUUCAGCGGCUUGAGCCGGGAGCUGCUGUUGUCUGCGCGGAGGCUGGGAGGUGAUGGUGGUGGUGAUGGAGGUGGUGAAGUUUGUGGGGACAAUGCGAAUGGUGAUGUUCCGUGUGAGGGCGUGGCGGAACUUGGUCUUGAGAUCAUCGAUGAUGAGGAGGAGCAGUCCAGAAGAAACGAGGAGAAUGUGGAUGGUUCGCUGUAUGGCGAAAGCGCCGGCAAUCAUUUCGGCUUCAUCAUAGAGGACGUCACGUCGCUGCAGGGACCGGCAGCGCUGCGCCCCUCCAUCACGGCGGCGGCGGCGUCGGCGGCGGCGACGCGAGCGCGCCGCCGUGCGCGGCUCCACCCGUCCUCGGCGCCGCCCCGCUUGCAGGCACGGCCCUACCACUGCGACGAGUGCGGCCGCACCUUCACGCAGAGCUGCCACUUGAAGACGCACGUGCGGACGCACACGGGCGAGCGGCCGUACCGCUGCGAGGUGUGCGGCCGCGCCUUCCGCCAGACCUGCCACCUCAAGGAGCACCGGCGGACGCACACGGGCGAGCGGCCGUACCGGUGCGACGUGUGCGGGCGCACCUUCUCGUUCCGCUCCAACCUGCGGACUCACGUGCGUUUGCACGACAGGGAGGCGGUCGUUUCAAAGGGGGUCGCGCCGGGGGUGGCAAUGUAACGUUACGUUACGUACGCACGUCGGACUUCUUCCGCGCCGUAUAUAUAUAGCCACCCGUGCUAAUCGGAGGCGCGGGGGAAGGACAACAAACUAAACGCAAAAAAACAUCGGGAGUGAUGGGAGAGGGCGGGGCGGGGGGGGUCACCUUUCUGACCCGCCACUAUGAAACAUCUGUGAAAAAGAGCUUUGUAGCUCAUUGGAUUGGAUUCCUCCGGCAUAAAUAUUUUGAUUCUGGUGCAAGCAAUAAAAUGGGGCCCCCAGUCCGACUUCGUCAUCCUUCCCCGGACUUCAGUAAAACACCUCGACGAACGAGGGCGGCUUCACAACAACUUGUCGCGCGCCGUUCUCCGUGUUAUGGCUUCCGUAGCUAUGCGAAAAACUUUGCCACUGGCUGCCCAUCAAAUCAAAGAUGCAAUACGGAAUCACUGACUCGCGUCACCGACUUCUUUUUCAACGUCUCCCACCAUCCCUCUCCCCACCCUCCUCACUCCACCAACCACGGCUAACCACCACGUCCCAUGGAGUUCAACCAACAACCAGCUCAUUGUGUCCAGAACCGGGGACCGCCCUGGGUGAACGGCGUUUCCCCAUAGCUGCACCAGCAGCCAUCUGGAACUCCCUCCGCACUGCGCAUACGCAGCAGCCAAGCACCUCUAUGCACCUUCAAGCAGCAGGUCAAGCCUCGCCUGUUCUGGCUGUCACCUGUUCAAGCUGGCGCAUGAGGGGACUUUGAGCUCUGGCGCCGCGUCUCCCGAAUUAUCGAUUAAACACUGCAUCCAAUUUGUGAAAAUAUCCUCGCGUUGUAAAUCGUUUAUAAAAAAAAAUAAUUUCGCCCAUCUUCUUACAACAGUGCCUGGGCACCUCCGGUGGAGUGUCGGAGUUGAGGGUGGGUGGGAUUUGAUCCCUGAGUGGAGGGAUAAGUAAUCCGAUAUGAAAAAUGAAGACGGAGAAACACAGGCUUGUAAUCGGAGUGCCCAGAAAAGUACACGCACACACCUGCGAGGGGUUAAAGCUCAAAACUUAACGCGGAUAGGUUGGCAAACCUACUUGUUUUAUUGUCUCCUACAGGCACCUCUUAGCUCCUGCAGAUGGGCGUCUUCACACAUCUACAAACAAAUCCACCGAGAGCUUGCACAUCCAUCACUAUUGGCCUUCCUUCACUCCGGUCUUAACAACAACAAAAAAACUUCGACCAAAAAUUUGUAAUGCAUUGUUUCCAUGACCUGUUAAGUGCUGUGCCAAAUUGGAGCUGUUUGUGCGGUGCUUCUUUUCAUGUUUUCUAGUUAUUUUUUAUGAUGCUGGCCUUUUUUUUAAUGAAUUACCUCAUUUAAAUACACGAAUAAGCUAUUAAACACAUGCGAUUAUAACACACAAACUGAAAUUAUAAUCAACAUGAAGUAAAUUAAUAUACAUAUGAAAGUAUUAAAUAAUAGUUUAUAAAUGAACUUACUUUAAAUUAUGAUUGUGCUAUGCAUCAUUACUUAAUAUCACUUUCUCUCUCGAUGCAGUCGCGUGGAGUUCCAGAUGCGAUUCGCAGAAAUCCAAAAUCGUGGAUAGCAAGUUCGUGAAUAAUGUACACUGAACUUGUCACCGACUUUUAGCGAAUUCUGCAGGAAACUGGAGCUGUAAAUGUUCUGUAGAGCUUACUAAGCAUAAGCAUAGCACAUUCGUGGUAGUAUAUUUGCUAUACGAAUGACGCGAAUACCAAAUGUAUUAUUACGGGGGAAAAAAAAUGUCCAUUUGGUAUUCAAACGUUGAUGGUCUCAACCCCCGAUAAUUAUUUUACGAAAAAUAUCUCGUGCAAAUUUAGUGAGAACAAUUGGACCAAGCCCUAUCUCACGGGUAACAUUUUUCAUUGUAAUAUUGACAUGUACAAGUGAUGUUUUACAAAGCAUGAAAUUGUGCAAUUUUAGUGUAGAAGAAUUAUUGCUUUUUUCCCCGUGUCAUCUUUCAAUUUUAAUUUACUGACGUGCAAGGUUCUGAUAAGAAUUUUUCACCAUUUAACUCUGGACAUGUAAUGGGACAAUUGAGAUACGAUUGGUGAUUACAUUUAAAACACAAACACGUUUAAUAGAAUUAACACAUUUAUUUAUAAAUUUUGAAGCGUGAAAUAUACUUGCAGUUCACAAUAAAUCUACUUGGAGAUGA